GACUUGCGACCUGAGGAAUGUUGGGCAUAUGCUGGCAAGGGUGUCCAUGAUAAAGUACCCAAAGGGACUUCUUAUCACGGAAGGAUGUACUCAUAAUGACGAGUUGGUGGAGGAUUUUAUGAACAUAUCUUCAUCUAAAGAAAGCAUGAUCAUGGCGAUUUUCUACUCUUUCCAGUUCAUUAGUUCUGACUACGUUACCUUGAAUUGUAAAAUUCUAAUAUGCGCGAGACCGUCAACUGCUUGUGACAUCGAUUGCAGCAAUAAAAGAAGACGUCGGCAGUCGACUCACGAUAACUGGAAUCAAGCAGACGACAAUAAGGGAGGCAACUCUUAUAGAAUUAUAAAUUCUCAAAUCAGAGUGACAAACUCAAGCGCGAUAACUUUUGGAUCAGCAAAUAUUUGGUCAGUGUUUGCAUGGCUGGUGCUUAGAAUUCUAUAAAAAAAAACACAUGAAUUACCGGAAACUUCUAAUGAUUGUUCUGCGCAUGUGCAAGCCAAGUCGGCUUUGAAUAUGUAAUAUAAGUUCUGACAUGAAGAUAUGCCUAUAUAAAUAUCUGUAUUAAGUUCCUAGUUUAUUACAGUUUAUGAAUGUUCUUCCUCUUAUUCUAGUGGCAUUACCAAUGUUGUAUCUAAUAAAGUACCGUCAAAUAAUUUGUGUUUGAUGUUACGUUCAAAACUCUUGUGAAAUAAAAAUUUCAAGUAAAAUUUGUGAUCUAUUGUUUAAUUACAUUAACAGCCAAACUUGCCAAUGGCGACUCAUCGAAUUAAACGGCGUAUAUGACCAUAUUUUAGACCACUAUAUACAGUUACUGAAUUAAACAGCUAUAUGACUGACGCAACU